CGAAGCGGAAGGAGAAAAGGGGAGAAAAGAGAAGCAUUGAAGAACAGAGAUGGCUCGGAACUUAGAGAAGCUAGCGUCGAUCGACGCUCAGCUGAGGGCUUUGGUUCCUGGAAAGGUCUCUGAAGAUGAUAAGUUGAUCGAGUACGAUGCCCUUCUUUUGGAUCGGUUUCUCGAUAUCCUGCAAGACUUGCAUGGAGAAGAUCUCAAGGAAACGGUUCAAGAAUGUUAUGAGCUUUCUGCUGAGUAUGAAGGGAAGCGAGAUCCUAAGAAGCUGGAGGAGCUUGGAAAUGUGUUGACAAGUUUGGACGCAGGGGACUCUAUUGUUAUUGCUAAAGCAUUUUCCCACAUGCUUAACUUGGCCAACUUGGCUGAGGAGGUUCAGAUUGCUUACCGGAGAAGGAUCAAGCUUAAAAAGGGGGAUUUUGCUGAUGAGAAUUCCGCAACAACUGAAUCAGACAUCGAGGAAACAUUCAAGAAACUUGUUAAUAAGUUGAAGAAAUCUCCACAAGAAGUUUUUGAUGCUUUGAAGAAUCAGACUGUGGAUCUGGUCUUAACUGCCCAUCCUACUCAAUCAGUCCGUAGAUCUUUGCUCCAGAAGCAUUCAAGGAUACGAAAUUGUUUGGCACAGCUGUAUGCCAAAGACAUCACUCCUGAUGAUAAACUGGAACUUGAUGAAGCUCUACAGAGAGAGAUUCAAGCUGCAUUCCGUACAGAUGAAAUUCGUAGGACUCCUCCAACUCCACAAGAUGAGAUGAGGGGAGGCAUGAGCUACUUUCACGAGACAAUCUGGAAGGGUGUCCCAAAAUUCUUACGGCGCAUUGACACAGCAUUGAAGAACAUGGGGAUCAAUGAACGUCUUCCUUAUAAUGCCCCUUUCAUUAGGUUCUCAUCUUGGAUGGGUGGGGAUCGUGAUGGAAACCCAAGGGUAACUCCUGAGGUUACAAGGGAUGUAUGCUUGUUGGCUAGAAUGAUGGCUGCUAACUUGUACUUUUCCCAGAUUGAGGAUCUUAUGUUUGAGAUGUCUAUGUGGCGUUGCAGUGAUGAGCUUCGUGUCCAUGCAGAUGAACUGCAUCGGUCCUUAAAAAAAGAUGCAAAGCACUACAUUGAGUUCUGGAAACACAUUCCUCCUAGUGAGCCCUACCGUGUUAUCCUUGGAGAUGUGAGGGAUAGGUUGUACAAUACACGUGAGCGUUCUCGUCAGUUAUUAUCCAAUGGAAUCUCUGACAUUCCUGAGGAAGCAGCUUACACCAAUGUCGAACAGUUCUUAGAGCCACUUGAACUCUGCUACAGAUCACUCUGUGCUUGUGGUGAUCGGCCAAUUGCUGAUGGAAGCCUUCUGGAUUUCUUGCGCCAAGUUUCUACAUUUGGACUGUCUCUUGUUAGACUUGAUAUUAGACAAGAGUCAGACAGGCAUACUGAUGUCAUAGAUGCCAUCACAAAGCACCUGGGAAUUGGGUCCUACAAGGACUGGUCUGAGGAACAGCGCCAGGAGUGGUUGCUAUCCGAACUCAAUGGAAAGCGUCCCUUGUUUGGGCCAGAUCUUCCACAAACUGAAGAAAUCGCAGACGUGUUGGACACCAUCCAUGUCAUAGCAGAACUCCCUUCAGACAACUUCGGGGCAUACAUCAUCUCAAUGGCAACAGCAGCAUCAGAUGUGCUUGCUGUUGAGCUCCUACAGCGUGAAUGUCAUGUGAAGGAGCCAUUGAGGGUUGUCCCAUUGUUUGAGAAGCUUGCAGAUCUGGAGGUUGCUCCUGCUGCUCUGGCUCGUCUCUUCUCAAUAGACUGGUAUAGGAACAGGAUUAAUGGGAAGCAAGAAGUCAUGAUUGGGUACUCAGAUUCUGGGAAGGAUGCUGGGCGUUUUUCCGCAGCUUGGCAGCUAUAUAAAGCUCAAGAGGAUCUUAUAAAGGUUGCUCAGCAAUAUGGAGUGAAGCUAACAAUGUUCCAUGGCCGAGGUGGGACUGUUGGAAGAGGAGGUGGUCCAACUCAUCUUGCCAUAUUGUCUCAACCAGCAGGCACAAUUCAUGGGUCACUUCGUGUGACAGUGCAAGGUGAAGUAAUUGAACAGUCUUUUGGGGAGGAACACUUGUGUUUUAGAACCCUUCAGCGUUUCACAGCUGCUACACUAGAGCAUGGAAUGAAUCCCCCAGUGUCACCAAAGCCAGAAUGGCGUGCUCUCAUGGAUGAGAUGGCUAUUGUGGCUACAGAGGAAUAUCGUUCAGUUGUAUUCCAAGAGCCCCGUUUUGUAGAAUACUUCCGCCUUGCUACACCAGAACUUGAAUAUGGCCGGAUGAACAUUGGUAGCCGCCCAUCAAAGAGAAAACCUAGUGGGGGCAUUGAAUCACUCCGUGCAAUUCCAUGGAUCUUUGCAUGGACCCAGACAAGGUUUCAUCUCCCAGUGUGGCUUGGAUUUGGUUCAGCUUUCAAGCAUGUUAUUCAGAAAGAUAUCAAGAAUCUCCAUAUGCUUCAGGAGAUGUACAAUGAGUGGCCUUUCUUCAGAGUCACAAUGGACUUGGUUGAAAUGGUUUUCGCCAAGGGAGACCCAGGUAUUGCUGCUCUUUAUGACAAACUCCUAGUGUCAGAAGAUCUGUGGUCGUUUGGAGAGAAGUUGAGAGCCAAUUAUGAAGAAACCAAGCAGCUUCUCCUCCAGAUUGCUGGACACAAGGAUCUUCUCGAAGGGGAUCUAUACUUGAAGCAGCGACUCCGUCUUCGUGAUUCAUACAUCACAACAUUAAAUGCCUGCCAAGCCUACACACUGAAGCGGAUCCGAGAUCCUCACUACAAUGUUAAGGUGAGGCCCCACCUCUCGAAGGAGAUCAUGGAAUCAAGUAAACCAGCUGCGGAGCUGGUGAAGCUGAACCCAACAAGCGAGUAUGCUCCUGGACUGGAGGACACCCUAAUCUUGACCAUGAAGGGCAUUGCUGCAGGUUUGCAGAACACUGGUUGAAGAAUGGUUUUUCUAGUUCUCAGGAGAGUUAAAUUUCUGUCAAAAAUAAUGUGUUUGUUAAAUAAAUUAUGUAUUAGGGACCUUCAUGUCUUAUAUGGUGAAUGGUUGUUCCUGCACCAACAUGUAUAUCACCAAUAUGUUAGAGAGUUAGUAGAAUUGGAACCUGCUUUUGCACACGAGUUAUCAUAAUAACAAUACAGGCUUUGUCUGUUUAAAGAACUGUGUAUCCUGCAAAUACUAAUCUUGUUAAGAACUGAAAAUACAAUUUGUGAUG